GCCCAGGCUGGCCUCGGACCCGCGGCGAUGCUCCUGCCUCAGCCUCCCGAGGGCUGAGAUGGCAGGCGGGCGCCCCACGCCCGGGCCGCGGUGUAAUCACUGAGCGACAUCGGGCAUCGCCGGCGGGUCCGGCCGCGUCCCUGCAGUCGGCACCGGCACCGCGCGGUGGGUUAAACGAGGGUGGAGAACCCGACCCGAAACUGUGACAAGAAGGGAUCCAGAAAAGAAACCCGGGAGUGCGAGAGGGACCCCGCCGGCGGGAGAGGGUGCAGAGGCAGGCGGAGACAGAGCCGGGAGAACCCCGCCGCGGGCCGGGACAGGGGCGGGGCCGCAGGAGGGGCCGGGCCGCGCCGCAGGCUGCGGGCUUAAAAGGGGCGACCCCCGGGGACCACGGGACCGGGCCCGCGCCGCAGCCUGGCUCCAGGACGCCGGCAACGCCACCGCCACCGCCACAAUGUGCGAGCUGUACAGCAAGGAGGCCACGCUGGCGCUGCGGGGCAAGCACAUCGGGCCCUCCUGCACCGUGUUCUUCGCCGAGGACCCAGUCAAGAUCGUGCGGGCCGGGCGACAGUACAUGUUUGACGAGCGUGGCCGGCGCUACCUGGACUGCAUCAACAACGUGGCCCACGUGGGGCACUGCCACCCUGAGGUGGUGGAAGCGGCCCAGAAGCAGAUGGCGCUGCUGAACACCAACUCCCGCUUUCUGCACGACAACAUUGUGGCCUACGCCCAACGCCUGGUGGCCACGCUGCCCCCGCAGCUCUGCGUCUGCUACUUCACCAACUCGGGAUCUGAAGCUAACGACUUGGCCUUACGCCUGGCUCGUCGGUUCCGGGGCCGCCAUGACGUGAUCACCCUGGAGCAUGCUUAUCAUGGCCACCUAUCAUCUUUAAUUGAGAUCAGUCCGUAUAAAUUCCAGAAGGGCAAGGAUGACCAGAAAGAGUUUGUGCACGUGGCGCCAGCUCCAGACACCUACAGAGGGAAGUUCAGAGAGGACCACGCGGACCCCGCCAGUGCCUAUGCGGCUGAGGUGCAGGGCAUCAUUGAGGACGCCCACCGCAGAGGGAGGAAGAUCGCUGCCUUCAUCGCUGAAUCCAUGCAGAGCUGCGGUGGACAAAUCAUCCCCCCAGCAGACUACUUCCGGAGAGUGGCAGAACACAUCCGAGGUGCAGGAGGUGUAUUCAUAGCUGACGAGGUUCAGGUGGGCUUCGGUCGCUCGGGCAGGCAUUUCUGGGGCUUCCAGGUGCACGGUGAGGACUUCAUCCCAGACAUCGUCACCAUGGGAAAGCCCAUGGGCAAUGGCCACCCCCUGGCGUGUGUGGUGACCACCAGAGAAAUCGCGGAAGCCUUCCAUGGCUCCGGGAUGGAGUAUUUCAACACGUUUGGAGGAAACCCAGUGUCUUGUGCAGUUGGUUUGGCUGUCUUGGAUGUAAUCGAAAAAGAAGACCUCCAAGGAAAUGCUAUUCGAGUAGGAAAUUAUCUUACCGAGUUACUGAAUAAGCAGAAGGCCAAACACACACUGAUAGGAGAUAUCAGGGGCAUCGGCCUGUUCAUCGGAAUUGACUUAGUGAGGGACCGCGAGAGAAGGACGCCUGCCACCGCCGAAGCCCAGCAUGUCACCUACAAGAUGAAGGAAAAACAAGUGCUGCUCAGUGCUGAUGGGCCGCACCGAAAUGUGCUCAAAAUAAAACCACCCAUGUGCUUCACCAGAGAGGACGCCGAGUUCCUGGUGGAGCAGCUGGAUGGGGUUCUGACAGUUUUGGAAGAAUCCAUAGGAACCCAAACCGAACCAGCAAACUCUUCGGAGAAUACUCUGCACAGAACAAAGAGCCUUGGCCGUGCGGCUUCAAAGUGCCCUGCCCUGCCUGGUUGUGAAAUGAACCUGCACAGAGGCAGCCGGGCAGGGGCUGUGCAGGGCCAAAUGGCCCAGUUUCUGCCUCUGGCGAGCGGCCUCCCACUCUCCUCCGCUCUGCGGUGUGAGAAAGGUUGCGGAUCGCAUCGGCACUCAGCAGGACCUCCAGAGCCCUGUUGCAUAAUCUGUUGUUGUUUACGCCGCCGCACAAAGGGUCGCUCAGUGCCCAGCGCCGCCCACUGCGCCCACCCGGCCCAGCGCAAGAGUGCUCUGCAGACUGAAAACACCGCGGUGGGAGGAGGACAAACCAGGCGAACAGGGUGGCUCUGUCUCCGCACAGGACUGGCAGCUCCGGGGAGCCGGUCUGGGCUUCCAGAGCAGCUUCCGAAGCCUGGCACGGAAUCCCGGGCGCUGAAAAGCUUCCUGCAAAAACCAGAGUUCAUGGGAAACCUCCCUCUGCAGCUCGCCAAGGGGACACACACGCUUCGGAAAUUCUGAUUUGGAGUCCCAGAUUUGUGUCGACAUCACAUUUCUUUUUAUUUGUUUAUUGGGAGAGGGGUGAACUCUGUGUAGUUCAAGCUGGCCUUGAACUCACUAUAGAGCCCACCCUGGCCUUAACUCCCAGCAAUCCUCCUGCCUCAGCCAGCCCAGUGCUGGGAUAGCAGAUGCCUGAGGAAGCCCUCAGGGAACUGCUCAGAGGAACCCCGGACUCCACAGAAGAUGCCAGCAGGAGGAGAAACGGCGUGUGCGUUCACUGCAUGACAAAAGGCUCAAGACGUUAAGAGAGACGCCCGGGCGCGGGGAGCUCGCCCCCUCCCCUGAUGCUCCCGUUGGCCUAGAUUUGUGAAUGAAAAGGUCGCUGAGUCAGGAAUCAACCAGGAGAAUCAAAUGUGUCAGGGCUGCCCAUGCAGCCCCUGCCUGUCAGCUGCUCACCUGAGACCGCCGAGCUCAGUGAACUUAUUCAUUCUAUAUUACAGGGAAGCCCUGGAACACCCGCCACCGGGCGGGCUGGCUUCUUCUGUCCUAAUUCUGCAAUUAGAGAGCCACGGAUAAUAAACUCUAGCUGGGGGGACCUGGUGCAUUAAACUACAAAUUCUCCAAGAUUAAUAUAUAAGUGUAUUUAUGAAUGGUGAUUAAAGGUAAUAUAAAUAAAAAAUUAUCAGAAAA